UCCAUUGUCCACGAUAAUACAAACCGGCAUUAUACUUGAAGCUUCUUCAUGUCGGCCUCAAAAUAUUGCAAACUAUUUGUCCAAGACUUUGCAUAACAAUGUUGCCUUUAGGUCAGACAAAUAUUCUGACUGCUGGAUAUAUUGGCAAGAUAUGGUAUCCGGUGGGAGAAGUAGCAGUGUCUCUUGGGGGAGUACAGAGUGUAAGGUGGAGAAAACCACGAUGGUUGCCAACAGCAAAAAGCCGUCUCUUUACAAUCCCAAAACGUCCAGUCAUCCCAGUAGAAGAGACAAGGGAGAUACAGCGGCUGUACAACAAUUAUCGAACUAGUUUACGAGCUGUGAGGCACCAUUUAAGAGAAGAGUACCUUAGGACCAGUGCAACAUCAGAGGUUGCAUUACAGCAGGCUGCAGAGGAGGAGGCCGAGCAUCAGCGCCUCAUGGAAUACAACCGCAUGGAAAAUGAAAGGAUUGCAGCUUUGAGAGAGAUUAGGAUAAAGAAAGAGCUGGAAGAUGACCUGGCCCGUGUUGCUGCAUCCAAACAGAAGCUUGCUGAGCAGGCAGCAAUAAAACAAGAAGAAGCUUUACGAAUUAUCACAGAGACUCAGGAACUGGUAAAGACAUUUAUUAAGCGUGAAAAUCUGGAGAAGGCCAUUGAACAUGCACUUGCAAACCCAGUGGAUUACAAUAGUGCCAUUGACCAUGAAGGUCACAUUUACCGAGGCCGUAACACAAAAGUGCAAGAUGUUCCAGAAGAAGACCGAGAAAAGUUAGCAAGAGCAAGUCAAUAGAAGUUACACUGCAUGCCACAGUUAUGUUGUAAAGGACAGAAAAUGUAAAUAAAUAAAACUUGUGAAGAAUUGAAAAUUAUAAUCUGUAGCUUUAUAAUUAAAGGUCGUCUUAUUCUGAUCCUGCAUUCUUUGAUAAAUCUGUGAUUUUUUUGUUUGUUGUAGAAUAUUAUUCUUGGUAUUUGACAAAGGGUUACCCAAAAUUCAGUUAGAUACAAAAGGCUGUUGUUACUUCUUUUCUUUUAAUUCACAUGCAAAAGUUACUUUUUUACAGGAAAGUAUAUGGAUAAACAUUUCAUUAAAUGUUUUGUCUCUGUCAAUAAAUAAUUUUAUUCAUAAGGAAUGUUAUUGUUAAAAAUGUAAAUGAAACCACAGACAUUUGCUAUAAUUUUACAUAAAAAACAAAAUGUUUACUGUCUUUACAGAAUUCACUUGUAAACUAGGGUCUCAAAAAUACAGUAUUCAAGAAUAUCUCAUUUACAACAUAAAUACAUAUUUCAUUUGAGAUUCAUGCAAAAUAUAAUGACUUAUUCUCAGUAAAUUACCUAAUAUAUUUAAAUUAUAUUUCUAUUAUAAUCCAAAGAUUUCCAAAAAAUAAGGCCCUUAUCUAAAAUGGUAGCUUUUCAUCGUUUGUCCUUGAGCCUAAGAUAAACAAAUGGCAACCUUACUGUAAAGUCCUGGCUAUCAAUAUAUCCAAGUUUAGAGGUUAGGUAUGUAGAAACCUUUGGAUAUUGUACAUACCUUCCCAAAAUACAACCAAUAAUAACUUUUAUGUUGCUGAUGGACUUUAGCCAACUGAAAAAAAUGUUGAGGUUACAUAUAAACUAAAAAUAAAUAAUGUAAUGUAU